CUAAUGGUUAUACUCUUCCCCUACCCUCAUUCCUCAAAGCUAUUCCCCUCUCCCAUUCUCGAUGCUCUUAUUGGACUGUUCUUCUACAAUAGAUUAUAAAUUGGACUUAAUUAAUUUUCUCUCCAUGUUUUUGAUUGCAUCAGUUGGGUUCUCGGACUUGUGGUGUUACAGCAGUAUGGAAUUCUGAAUUUGAUAGCAUCUGUUUUUGUCACGCCGUGAAGACUGCCCAAGGAAACCAAAUCUCUUGAGGAUUCUUGGACUCCUAAAAUCAUUAAUAUCGUCCAAAAGACCAUAUAGUUGGUGUAAAUUGCAGAAAACUAAAUGCUAAGGAGAUAGAAUGCAGAGAGAAUUGGUGUAAAUGUGGAGGAUAAAAAGGGCUGUUUAAUAUAGUGCAGGAACUGCCAUUGAUGGUAUAUUUGUGAAAUGCAGGGACAUUGGGGAGAUGGUAAAAGAGAUAAAUCGAUGAAAAUGUGUAUAGCAAUAGAAAACAAUGUGCGAAGGAAAAGCAAAGGAUGAAGAAAUUGAAAUGGGUGAAGGAUAUGCUUUGGAAUGGCCCAGAUAAUUGAGUCAUGUUGUUGUAAUGCCAAACUGAAGGCGGGGAACAACUUAUACCAUUUUAUUUUCUUUUUAUAUAGAGUAGGAUAGGAUGGUGAAACUGUCACAUUUCACCAGAAUCGCCGACAGAGUGCGUUCUCCCUAUUUCAAACCAAUCAACAGAUUACUCUCUUCGUCUUCGUUAAAUUACUUGCAAACUGGUCACCCCAGCUUAUACUCCUACAACAAAGCCAUUGGGAAUCUAGUCAAAUGUGGAUCCAUAGAGUGUGCCCUCCAGCUUUUCGAUGAAAUGCCUGAAUCUGAUGUUAUCUCCUGGAACACUGUAAUUUGUGGGCUCAAUCGAUCCGGGUUUCCGGGGAAAUCUCUUUACUUUUACAUGAGGAUGAUUGGCCAAGGAAUAAUUGAGAACUCCUCCACGUUCUCGUCUGUUUUAAGCAUAUGCAGCAAUGCCGGUUUUUACAGACAAGGGUUUGAGAUGCAUUGUAGAGUGAUAGUGUUUGGGUUGAAUAUGAACAUCUACAUUGUCAGUGCACUUGUUGGUCUGUAUAUGAAAGUGGGUCUUGUAGAUCUUUCUUUGAAAUUGUUUUAUGACUUGCCCGAAAGAAAUUUAAGUAUAUGGAACGUCGUAUUGCGUGGAAUCUGCAACUCAGGUAGGUCAAAUGAGUUAUUGAAAUUGUACACCGAUAUGAAGUUGGAAAAUGUGGAGCCUAAUGAGCUUAGUAUUUGUUAUAUGCUCCGUGGUUGUUGUAGCGGGCGACUUCUUCUUCAAGGGAGGCGAAUGCAUUGUUUUGUGCUGAAGAAUGGGUGGUUGGUGACCAAUUUGUUUAUAGCUAACCAUUUAGUCGAUUUUUAUUCUGCUUGUGGGGUCUUAAGUGAUGCCUGGAAAUUGUUUGUGGUUAUCCCACCAGAAGAUGUGAUAUCAUGGAGUUCAAUGGUUUCUUGCUUUGCUUCCAACGGGCUUUUACACGAUGCCUUACAAGUCUUUCAAAAGAUGCAAUCUUUGGGCAAGACGCCAUCAGCUCAAUCUUUGUUGGGACUUUUAAAUGUAUCAAUUGCGGGAAAACAUACGCUGCUUGGAGAGCAAAUUCAUUGCUUUGUCCUAAAACUGGGAUUUGAUUAUGGAAAUGUCCUUAUUCAGUCAGCUUUGAUUAACAUGUAUGGAAAAUUCCGCAACAUUGAGAGUUCGGUGCUUUUAUUUGAGAACAUCCCCGACCCCACUCUUGAAUGUUGCAACUCCUUGAUGUCAUCUCUACUGCAUUGCAACAUCAUAAAGGACGUAUUUGAUUUGUUCUGUUUCAUGGUUGAAGAAGGCAUUGGAUUUGAUGGGGUGACUCUGUCCUCCACGCUUAAGGCAUUAUCACUGUCGGCUUCUGUAAGCGUGAAUAGCUGUGGUUUACUGCACUGCUGUGCAAUAAAGUCGGGGUUCGUAUAUGAUAUUGGAGUAACUUGUUCUCUGAUAGACACACAUUCGAAAUCUGGUCACCUCUCGCGCUCUCAACAAGUUUUCAGGGAGCUUCUUUCACCUAAUGCCAUAUGUUUCACGGCUAUGAUCAACGCAUAUGCAAGGCUAGGGAAGGGAAGCGAGACGCUUAUGAUGUUUGAAGCCAUGAUCCGGGAAGGCCUGGAACCCGAUGAAGUAACAUUCCUGUGUGUGUUGAUGGGCUGCAGCCACUCGGGCAUGGUGACCGAGGCGAGAACAGUGUUUGAUUCAAUGAGCACUGUUCAUGGAAUCAGUCCGGACCGGCGGCAUUAUUCAUGCAUGGUGGACCUUCUGGGCCGCAUUGGCUUGGUGAGCGAGGCAGAAGAGUUAAUUCAAAGCGCAGCACUUGAGGGAGAUUCUGUCCUGUGGAGCUCGCUCCUACGUAGUUGUCGUACUCAUAGGAAUGAGCAAGCAGGAAGGAGAGCUGCAGAAAAGCUGAUGAGACUUUGUCCGGAUUCCCCUGCUGUUUGGUUGCAAGUCUCAAACUUUUUCUCCGAAAUCGGCGAUUUCGAUGCAUCGGUGCAGAUUCGGGAGGUCGCAGUAGCAAGGAAGCUGAGUAGGGAAAUCGGGUACAGUUUAAUUGAUAAUGAGCAACAAAACUAAUGAUCUCGCUCAAGCCCUCAUUUGCUCUUUUGUUUUUUGAGCUUGAGAUGGAGAACUAACAUUGAUAAGUUGAAUUCGGGCUCUAAAAGGCAUUACUUCUCUGGUGCGAGGUUUCAGAUAUGGUGGUUUCCAUUAGUGCCGUGGAGCAUCAUCUUCUGCAGUAUCGAUUCAAGGACAAGAGGCUUCUCGAAGAAGCUCUGGCUCACCCUUCCUAUGCUGACUCACCCCUUAUCAGUGUCUGGAGUUCCUAGGCGACAUGGCUCUAGGCUUGGCCUUCUCAAGUUUCGUCUUCUUAACCUAUCCUCAGCUUGACCCCAGAUAACUCUCUCUUCAGCGUGCCGCCAACAUCAGCACCGAGAGGCUUGCUCGAGUAGCAGUUGAUAACGCCCUCCUUAGGUUUUUCCGCCACAGUUCUGCUCUUGGUGAAAAGGUCACGAGUUUGUGAUGGCGGUCCAAGAAGAGGACGAGACUCAGUUCUACGGUGGAGCUAUCUAAGCUCCCAAAGUUUUUACCUACAUUGUAGAGUCCAUAGCCGGAUCCGUGUACGUGGAUUGGCGGUUCAAUUUGUACAAUCUUUGGCUGGUCAAUGCACUUGGAGAAAAAAGUUGCACAUUACAGAUGCAGAGAACUCUGCUGCCUAUGCCAUGCUUUGUUAGCCUGAAAGAUGCAUGAGAAUGCCAUUUGAUUCUUCUCUGAAGACGGAGCACUGUCUCCUAUGAUAUUCACAUGGAUUUCUCACCCAGCUCAGAAUCAUAAUAACAUUGGCUAUAUGAAAUGAGGUAUUUCAUCUAUCAUCAUGGGGUAGAAGUCCAUUUGAAUGAAUGAUUAUCUUCCAUUUUGAACUGCUUUUUUCAUCUAUCAUGGAGGAAGUUAGAUCUUUAUGUGAAUGCCUUUGUAAUUUCACACUCCAAUUACAUUUGUACCUCUCUCUAUAUGAAUAUAUAAGUUCAACUUUA